GUUUGAGUAUUUCAAGAGACCUCAUGGAGUUGGUCAUCUAUGACAGUGAACUUUAAUGUAUUGGUGAUGAAAAAACUGUUCACCACUGACUAUUGUGAUCUCCCAGAGUGUGUAAGGCAACCCCACACUUGAAGUCCAUGGCCCAAAAUGACUCUACCAGUGAAGACUCUCUUCUGUGAAGAAGAAAAGAUAGGAGGCUGGAAUGAGCAUGCCACUGCAUCAGAUCUCUGCCAUUCCAUCCCAGGAUGCCACCUCUGCUAGAAUCUACAGAAGUAAAACCAAAGAAAAGGAGAGGGAAGAGCAGAAUGAGAAGACUUUGGGACAUUCCAUGAGUCAUUCUAGCAACAUUUCUAAGGCUGGGAGUCCUCCAUCAGCAUCAGCUCCGGCUCCGGUGUCCGCCUUCUCUCGUACUUCUGUUACACCAUCUAAUCAGGACAUCUGCAGUUCCAGUGCAGUGUUUUCAGAGUGUUAUCACCACAGUCCUGUGCAGUCUGCUGUUGUCUUGAAAGCUUCUCAAUGCCAGAGUUCUCUGACACAAGGGCUCACUGUGACAGUUAUCUGUAAAGACACAUUGCAGGCGUCAAAGAGAAAUUCCUUUGGUUCAGAAUGGGUCCAGGCCUUGAAGCCUGCUAAGAAUGCCAAAGCCAGAAGAACACUAAAGUUCUCAAAGUCCCUAAACGAUGUGGGUGAGAAGACCCAGGAUACUGUGGAAAGUUUUGACUAUGUGGAAAGAACUUGUUCUGAAGGAAAAUUAAUACUCCCUCAAGAUCCAUGUUUCAGAAUUAACAGGUUCCAUCAUAAGGAAAAGAGAACACUGAACCACAAACUUCUUGGCAAUUCCAAACAUUCUUGUGGUUCAUCCCUUUCUGCCAAUUGUUCAGCUGCCUCAGAGGUGGAAACUGGCAAGAGAGACAUGCACGUCUCGCUGUUGGAAGAGAAAGCAGAUGGUGAGGCCAUAUCCAGAAGCCGUCGACUGCUCCGGUACCUGUUCUCACUCUCACAUGGCUCAAGUACCAGCAGCCUGCACAGGUUUCAUGAACUAGAGAGCUGUGCCGUUCACCUGAACGCUGCCAAGUCCUCCAGUGGGCUGGCAGGGAGCACAGGCUUCUGCUCUGACGAAAUGGGAGAUGACGACGUCUUUGAGGACAGCCCAUCUACAAAACUGAAGAGCAGAGUCCUGCGGGCACCCCUCUGCUCCACGGAAAAAGACAGUGAUCUGGAUUGUCCUUCUCCCCUCUCUGAAAAAUGUCCCCCCAUAUCUCCUGUGUCCACAUCAGGGGAUGCCUGCAGGAUCUGCCAUUGUGAAGGAGAUGACGAGAACCCCCUGAUCACCCCCUGCCACUGCACAGGAAGCCUCCACUUUGUGCACCAGGCGUGUCUGCAGCAGUGGAUCAAGAGCUCCGAUACACGCUGCUGUGAGCUCUGCAAGUACGAGUUCAUCAUGGAGACCAAGCUGAAGCCUCUGAGAAAAUGGGAGAAGUUGCAGAUGACAGCCAGUGAGCGCAGGAAGAUCAUGUGCUCAGUGACGUUCCAUGUCAUCGCUAUCACCUGUGUGGUCUGGUCCUUGUAUGUGCUCAUUGACCGCACUGCUGAGGAGAUCAAGCAGGGGCAGGCAACAGGAAUCCUGGAGUGGCCCUUUUGGACUAAAUUGGUGGUUGUGGCCAUCGGCUUCACCGGAGGACUUCUUUUUAUGUAUGUUCAGUGCAAAGUGUACGUGCAGCUAUGGAAGAGACUCAAGGCUUAUAAUAGAGUGAUCUAUAUUCAAAACUGUCCAGAAACAAGCAAAAAGAAUAUUUUUGAAAAAUCUGCACUAACAGAGCCCAACUUUGAAAAUAAAGAUGGACGUGGAAUCUGUCAUUCUGACACAAACUCUUCUUGUUGCACAGAGCCUGAAGACACUGGAGCAGAAAUCAUUCACAUCUGAUUGUGUGGGGGUAUAGUUUUCUUGGACGUCCAUGAAGAGCUGAAGGAAAUUGUUUACUGCCAAUUGUGUACCUUUAAUAUGUCCUUUAAUAGCAUAGACUGGGCAGGUGACUAUUUUUAGUAGCUUCUCUUUUUCUGAACCCUCCUUAAUGAGUGUCCUGGAAAGCCCUCCUAUGGGCCAGGCAUGGCUGGGUCCUGUCUCUGCCAGGCUACUCGGUGGGAAGGAAAGGUGGAAGACCCCAUGAUGCCAUGUAGGUGAGCUGACUGAGUUCCCACCCAUGGUACUGAGCAGAAUGAGAGAAUAAAAUGCCAAAACUGAGGGAAGAGCAGGAGCAGGG